AUGCCACAGAACGAUGCAGAGCUGCCCAGCCUGGCAACACAGAAGCACCCUGCCCAGACCAUGGGAGGCCCCCACCUCAGCACCUGUCACAUCCUACAGGGGCUGUGUGUCUUGCUGAUUCUGUUGGAAGAUGGACCCCAGAACGCCAGGGGUGAGUCUGCUGGGAGUAACUCUGUCCACAGCCAGAGUCCCAUCCCCCACCUGCACCUCUCAGCCCAGGCAGGGAAAGGCCUGCUGCAGGGGAAGCUCAGGGUGGCCCCUCCCAACACCCCUCCCAGCCUCUGGCUCAGCCUCAUCUCCUGA